CAGUCUUCAGGAAGCCACGGUCAAGAUGUUGGUAGUGGUGUUAAUGGUGGCAGCGGUGGGAUGGGCCGGCGUGGAGUCAGCACCUCGCAAACCCCCAAAAUUCUUCUACACACAGCCUCUCUACCACCACACCCCGGCAGCCAUCUUCAACAACAACCCCAGCUUCUUUCUGCGCCAGUGGCCGGAUGUGCGCCAGUGGCCGGAUGUGCGCCGGUGGCCGGAGGUGCGCGUGGUGACGGACCCCGAGGAUGACAAGCUGCCAUGCCCCGCCCAAGGAUUCUUCAACCACCCUAUCAACUGCUCCAGAUUCUACAGGUGUGUCGACUUCUCGGGGGUAGGAAAGUUCUUCAGUCGCUAUGUGUUCGAGUGUCCCCCUCACCAUGUCUUCAGCGUCGAGGCGGUCACCUGUGUUCCCAGCUAUUGUCCCGCCCAAACACCUACGGUAUCUCCGUCUCCAGCUGACGGGCCAAGCCCCACUGAGCCUCCUACGGUAGCCCCCGAGCCAGCUGAACCCGUGACUCAGCUACCAGACCAGGAAACUACUACACCAACAGAAGCCCCCGUUGAAGUCAGUACGACUGAGGUCUCUCCCGCUGAGGUGUGCAUGAGCCAGUACGUGCAGCACCAGACACACUGUAACGUAUACCAUCGGUGCAACGCCACGAAGGUGAGGUACGUCUGCCCGGCCGGUACCGUCUUCGACCAGACGCGCCAGAUGUGUAGGAUCAGCGCCUUUGACGAAGGCUAUUGUAUUGGAAAGGCCAUCCUGCCGAUGAACUUCCUGCGGACAGAUCUGGUAGACGGUCACUUACUGCUGCCGGAGUCCUUCCAGCUGCCGCCCCUCACUCCCGAUACCGUGAUCCAGGCCGUCGGCCCCAGCGCCAGCAGCAUCUUCAGGAACACAGUGCUGCUACCUCAACUCGACUUGCCUCCGCCCUACCAGCCCUUCUCUCCGCCAUUCUAUUCUCCGUACCCCUAUUUCGUCCCCUACAACUGAGUACUUCGAUCCUGGAAAGCCAUCGCCUACACUGAAGGAUAAUAUGCCGUGUAAACAGCUUCAACACAAGUGGGAAUUUUAUGUUCUAACUUGGUUUUUGUAUUGCGUCCAUUUUCUGUGUGGCGUGUUUACAUAUUCAGGUGUUUUGUAUCGUUUUCUGUGUGUGGCGCGUGUCUAAAUUCAGGUGUUUCACAUCUUUUCUGUGUUGUGUAUUUAUAUUCAGGUGUUUUAUGUCGUUUUCUGUGUGAAGUGUAUUUAUAUUCAGUUCAGGUGUGUUUUUGUAUUUAAGUAUUUUACAUCCGUUUUCUGUGGAGUGAGCAGACAGAAUUUAGAUUAUUUGCUGCUCCAAAUCACAGACAUGUUAAUUACGAUGUUAUUGUUACAGCUUUUCCUUGACUUACGGUUCAGUGUGAUCCCAGUUUAUACUCGGACGGGUUCUCAAUGUUUAGUGUUGUGUUAGUUUUUGCUUCAAAUAUCAUCCGAAUCCUAAA